AUGGGGAAGCACUAUUGCGACUAUUGUGACGUGUUCCUUACGCACGACUCGACGUCGGUGCGCAAGGCCCAUAACUGCGGCAGGAACCAUCUGCAGAAUGUGCGCGACUAUUAUGCAUCCCUUCCGCCGUACGAGAUCCAGGGAGUGGUGGAUACGUUGAUGAAGGACUACCAAAAGCGGGGAUACCCGCCGCCUCUUGAGCUCCUGGGGCCGUACGGGCGCCCGCCGCCGAUGGUGCGCCCGCCGCUGGGACAGGGACCGAUCACCACGCCGCCGCCGCCGCUGCCGACAGGCGCCGUGCCGACGGUGCCCCCGCCGUCAGUGCGCCCGCCGAUCACGGUGCCUCCGCCGAAUAUGAGCGUGCCCCCGCCGAAUAUGAGCGUGCCCCCGCCCAACUUCGCCCAGCCGCCGCCCAACUUCUCCCAGCCUCCGCCGAGCGUCGCGCGCCCACCGGCGCACUGA